AUGUGGAACCCGUUUGCCCUUAUGGACUACAACAACCUGUGGAGGAAGAUGGAUGAGAUGGGCAGCGAGGUAAACACACACAGAAUCCUUCUCUUUCUAGAGCAGCCAUCCCCUCCACAUCUCAGGAACAAUCCCAAACCAACCUCUACUCCCUAGUCUCUAGUCAUUGAUACUUCUUGAUGGUCCCACCCUCAUGGUGUGUUUGUGUGUUCUAGAUCCCCAGAGAGGCUCCAUGGAGGGCUCCCCAUGCUGAGGAGUGGGACAAGAUGACCAUGAAGCAGCUCUUUGACAAUAUCUGCUGGACCAGGUACUGCACUACACCAUUUUUUCACAAUACACACAGGACCAUUCAACCUAAUGCAUCAUUAUUCAAUAAUAUUACACUUUUUAUAGUCAUUGUGAUUGAGUGAUUAUGUGUGUGUGUGUGUUAUGUGUUGUGUGUGUGUGUGUUAUGUGUUGUGUGUGUGUGUGUGUGUGUGUGUGUGUGUGCGUGCGUGCGUGUCUGUUUAUGUGUGUCUGUGUGUCUGUGUGUGUACGCAUGUGCAUGCUCCUCCCUCUCCUCACAGUUCUGCGAGGCGGUUUGCCACGCUGUUUGUGAACGUUAACGUGACCUCUGAACCCCACGAGGUGUCAGCCCUAUGGUUCCUCUGGUACGUCAAGCAGUGUGGAGGGACCAUGAGGAUUUUCUCCACCACCAACGGAGGACAGGUACUCUACACACCUGGCUGUCUACCUGUCUGUCUGGCGGUCUGACGGUCUGACAGUCUGGCUGGUUGCCUGGAUGGCUGGCUGCCUGGCUUCCUUCCUGCCUGCUUGUCUGUUUGUCUGUCUGUCUCUCUGACCCUGUGGACUGGCUCUUCCAUAUCCAUACAGGGUCCUACACGCUUUGAUCUGAAUAACCCUUUUUGGAAGACAAGUGUUCUUUGUAAGGCAAAGGGUUCUACCUAGAACCUUUAACAUCCUAAGAACCAUUUUUGGAAGAAAGGGUUAUUUGAUGAUUCUUUGGAAGGCAAGAAGGAUUAUUUAGAUGGCAAUAAGGGUUCUUUGGAAGGCAAGAAGGGUUCUACAUAGAACCAUGUAUUAUAUUUCCCAGCAUGCUCUAUUGCAGGGUGAUUUUACGAAUUGUUUGUUUUCUAAACUAAUCCAAUCUGUUAGUAGUUGGACUUAUUGCACCCGUUACUGGGAUGGUUGUUCCAGUUUAGAUGAUGAGGUAGUUAGUCUCAGUAGUCAAUCUUCCCCUACCCUGGCAGUCAUUCUGAAUGCAGGUGAUUAAAAACUCCACUUGUUGGAUAUCCUAACUCUGGCUGGAUUCCAAUGCCAAUAUAAUGUGACGUGCAGGCCUGAUGUGGCCUGUAAACCAGGAGUUUCCUAACAUCACUGAGUUAGGGUAGAACUUCAAAGAAAGGUCUUAUGAUAAAUGUAAUUAUUGUCAUAAAGAUUUAAUUUUAAAGGCUAAUAAUGCUGGUGGAACCAUCCAUAGACGGUUCUAGGCAGAACCCUCCAAAGAUAAAAUUGUUCUCGGUAGAACCUUUCAUAGAGGGUUCUAGGAAGAACAUUUAGAUGUUAAAAUGGUUAUUGGUAAAACCCUUCAUAGAGGGUUCUAGGCAGAACCCUUCAUAGAGGGUUUUAGGUACAACCAUAUACAGGGGUUCUAUGAAGAACCCUACAUAGAAUGAGGAGAAGUUUUCCCUAUGACAUUUUUGGCUUGGGUUCUAGGUUUGCUGAGCUGAGCCUCUCUCACACAGGAGCCUUUGAACUGAGCUCAGCAAACUAUCCUCCAUGUUGGCACAAAACAUUCCACAACAAUAACGUUCUCAUUUGGAUUCUACUUAGAUUGUCACUAACAUGAAACCUCUGGUGCCAAAAUGAGCCAUUGUAAAUCUUACCAUUCCCUAGCCCUAUAGAGCCAUCCUUCAACCCCCCCCCAAUUAGCCUUGUUCAUUCCCUGCUCCCUAAUUUACAGGAACAAUGGCUGUUCCUCAGAGCCCAGGGAGAACCCAUUAUCCUGGUUUACUUUGAAACGUUGAGUGGCUCCAUUGCCUAGGUGACGGUUGAAGGGGACGUCUUGGGGUAAUUAGAGGAUGUUGUUGUGAGGUCAUCCACUUUCAUUUCCUGUUUGGUCCGCCCCCUGCUCUCUGGCUCUGAAUGUUUUCAUUCAGUGUGUUUCUUUUCCAGGUAGAGCAAUAGAGAAACCUGUGGAUGCUAAAGUUUGUCAUGAGUUGAUAUAGCAUUUGCUCUCCUUUUGAGGUCAAUUGCAUUUGCUCCUCUUUUGAGGUCAAUUGCCAUGCAUGCCAUGCAUAGCAUAGUUGCAUAUUCUCUGCAGAUAAAUUGUCCUCAGUAGAGUACUGCUAUGGUAUGGAGAUGCACGAUAAAGAUCCACUAUACUGUAGGUCACUGUCCCAAAUCCUUCUCCAUCUGUUCAACUCAAAACAACUAUAUGUGCACAUGUGUUUUGAAACAAACAACUUUUCUUAGCUGCAGGGGAAAGUAUAACAUCACUUACAAUCAUGCAGGAAUUUCCCUCUGCCAUCAUCAGUUUUUGACCUGCCGUGAGACCCUGUAGUUAUAGCUGGCCCAAUGUCACAGUGGAAGGCACACAAUGUGUUUCCUAUCAGAGAAAGCUGAGGGAAGUUUACACUAACCAUAUGGAGAGGGUCAAAGGUUACUCAGCGUUGUGUACAUUGUAAUGUGGCCUUGCCAAGACCCACUCUCACUUUCCAAUACACCCUCCUGCCUGACUGAUUUCAGUUCACUACAGUUUAAAUGCAUGUUGUUGUACUGUCUUCUAAGGCCAGCCUAGAUCAGAGGGCCACCACCCAAAUGUAUAACAGUUCACCACGGAAACAUCAGUCAACUGUCCCAGGGGGUCUGAGUGUCUUAGAAUGAGGUCUAGGUAUAUUUGGGGAGGCAGAAGAAGGAACAGAAUAGCUGUUUCAUGUCUCAUAGGGUGUAAAUCUGGCACUGAUGUCAUUAGGAUAGUUGUGCAAAAAGUUUCACACUUUCUGCAUGUAUUCUGACGUUAGGAUUCAGCCUAUAGAGAAUACAAAAUCUUACUUUGUAAAUCUUGUCAAAAGUAGUGCACUUCAGUAAAGUAGUGCACUUCAGUAAUAGUAAUAGACUUUUCCUGUCUUAUGUUUUUCCCCAACCCUCUGGACAUUACACAAACACACACAUGAGAGGCUGCAAGCAGCACAGGGUCAUCUACAGAGCAGCGCCCUCUUGGAGCAGGUUUGGCCUUAUUAGCGUUGCAUGUAUUUGAUUAAUAUGACUGAUUAUACUGUAUUUGCAUUUCAGGAGAGAAAGUUUGUGGGCGGUUCCAGCCAGAUCAGUGAGUGUAUGGCCAAGGAGCUGGGUGAGCGAGUCAAGAUGGAGUCUCCCAUCUACAGGAUCGACCAGACAGGGGACAUGGUCGAGGUCGAGACUCUCAACAAGGAAACAUACAAGGUGACUGAGAGAGCAACCAUCACCUAUCCAUCAACCUAUGGAUGAUGUCGUCAGCCCACACUGUAAAAAAACGUAACUUGUUUUAACUUACUGGCACCCAGUUAGUUACCUUUAAGUUACUGUAAAAAAAAAAAUACCAGUAUGUUACUGUAAAUUCCCAAGAAACAUUGGUUUAACCUUUUUUUUUCUUCAGUAACUUACAGGUAACUAGUUGCUGUAAGUUAGCAUAAAAACAAGUUACGGUUAUAAAGUGCACAUUCCACUGUGUUGUAGCCUACUGCUGCCAUCUAGAGCUUGAAUGUCCAUAAUACAUGAUACCUCAUAAGGCCCAUGUUGUGAAUUCCUGGAACAUUCUAGGAAUCCUUCAUUCAUCCAUACAACUCUGUACUUACAGGGCCCCUUAGUUUGUGUGUGUGUGCGUGCGUGCCUUUGUGCUGUGCAUGCCUGCAUGCGUGUGUUUGUGUGCGUUUGUGUGUGUGUGGGCGGGCGGCGGGAGUUCAUGUGUGUGUGUGUGUGUGUGUCUGUGUGUGUGUAAGCCAGAGGACAUUGUUGUCAGUAAGCUGGUCUUCAUCGCUCUGUCCAGGCCACAUCCUCUUUCCCUGUUAAAACCCAUUAAGCAGCAGUGCCCUAGAGCUGCUUAGCCACCCAGGGAGGACUGGGGAGGUAUACACUACACACUACAUACUACACACUACACACCACAUAGGCCUCAACUCUUCUCUGGUGUGUUUUGUUUCUCCCAGGCCAAGUAUGUGAUUGUGGCGACCCCCCCUGGUCUGAACCUGAAGAUGCACUUUAACCCCGAGCUGCCCCCCCUCAGAAACCAGCUGAUCCACAGGGUCCCCAUGGGCUCUGUCAUCAAGUGUAUGGUCUACUACAGAGAUAACUUCUGGAGGAAGAAAGGUAAGGAGGGAGGGAGGGAGGGAGGGUCCAUGGGCUCUGUCAUCAAGUGUAUGGUCUACUACAGAGAUAACUUGGAGAAAUAAAUGAAGGACUAAGUGAUAGAUCUCCUCUCUUCCUUUCCUCCUUAUCCCUGUCUAUUGAUCCCUUCUCUCUCCUCUCUUCCUGUCCUCCUUCUCUCUUGUAUCUCUCGCCUCCCCCUCUCACAGGGUACUGUGGCACUAUGGUGAUCGAGGAGGAAGAGGCCCCCAUCAGCCUUACUCUGGACGACACAAAGCCUGAUGGGACUGUGCCCGCCAUUAUGGGGUAAACACAGUGCUUUAGUUUCCUGCAUCCCAAUAUGAUUACCCAUAGAGAACGAGAAAGUGUGGUAAUAACUGUAUUUCUCCUGUUCCUCUGCAACAGCUUCAUCCUGGCCCGCAAGUGUAGGAAGCUAUGUGGACUGACCAGAGAGGAGAGGUAAACUGUCUGACUGUUUAUCAUGUUCAGUACCUACAGUGUGUUUUACUUCACUUUCUCAUGUGUAUACUUUGCUAGCAGGAAUGCUCAUGUGUACUAGCAUUAAGAGUUUAACGCUAUCCCUUUCUUAACCCUUAAAAAUUGUUUUUGUCCCCUGUAGGAAGAAGAGGAUCUGUGAGAUCUACUCCAGAGUGCUGGGCUCAGAGGAAGCUCUGCAUGUGAGUGGAACCAUUACUACUACUACUACUACUACUACUACUACUACUACUACUACUACUACUACUACUACAAGCUAGUAGUACUACUAUUCUAUGAAAACAUAGCACCAUACUGUAGUUAGAAGUAGAAUUGUGAAUUGGAAUGUGCCUGUGAGAUCUACUCUAGACUGCUGGGCUCAGAGAAGGCUCCAUCUCAAUUUAGAAUUUGGCCUUCACUGCUCUGAGGGAGCAGACAUGUUUGAUCCAUUACUGCAGAUUAAAGCUAGAAACAAUAACAAAUUGAACACCCCGCCACUGUUUUGCUAAAAAGCUAAGGGAUGGGGCUGGAGAAAUAUAACCACUCUCAAAUUUAUAGACAGCUAUGGAUGCAAGCACUGACCAUCAAUUAUAGUUUUAACCAUGUUUUGAGGCUAUACAGUGUUUGUUUAUAUUUACUUUGUUUACAAACAGUGGCGUAAAACAAAGCUCAUAUUUUGGGUUCUGAUGGGGUACAACAUUAAAACAUGACUAUGCCAUUAGAGAUAAGAUCAGUCAGCACCUAAAAUCAGCACAGGUAAUUAGCACACACACACACUGUGACACAGCUCAUGAGGCAUUUAUACAUUUAUUCUUAAAAAAUCAAUGGGUAUUCAUCAUUAAUUUAUAAGUCUAAAAAUGGAUGUACCAACUAAGGAUUGUAGCUUUAAGUUUGAUAUGAGUACUAACCCCCAAUCCUCUCUCUCCCAGCCUGUGCACUAUGAGGAGAAGAACUGGUGUGAGGAGGAGUAUUCUGGAGGCUGCUACACUGCUUACUUCCCCCCUGGUAUACUCACCCAGUACGGCAAGUAAGUAACAGACACGCACACACACAGGCAUACAGACACACACACACACACACACACAUAAACACACACACACACACACACACACACACACACACACACUGUGAUGUUAUCUAACCUUUAUAUAACCUUUAUACCUCCCCUCCUCCUUCUCUCCUUCCUCUCCCACUUCUCCUCCCUCCUUCUCUCUUUAGGGUUCUCAGGGAGCCAGUAGGCAGACUGUACUUUGCAGGCACAGAGACAGCUACUGAAUGGAGUGGCUACAUGGAGGGGGCUGUACAGGCAGGGGAGAGGGCCGCAAGAGAGGUGAGAGCCUUCACAAUACAAUAAUACACUCCCCAACACUCUUAGAAAGAAGGGUUCCAGAAGGGUUCUUCGGCUGUCCCCUUAGGAGAACCCUUUUUGGUUCCAGGGAGAACCCUUUUGGGUUCCAUGUUGAACCCUCUGUGGAAAGGGUCCUACAUGGAACCCAAACGGGUUUUACCUGGAACCAAAAAGGGUUCUUCAAAGGGUUCUUCUAUGGGGACAGCUGAAUAACCCUUUUAGGUUCUAGAUAGCUCAUUUUCUUCUAAGUGUACAUAUUUAUUUGGACAGUGAAGCUACAACUUUUAAUUUGACUCUAUACACUUAACAUUUUGGAUUUGAGAUCAAAUGUUUUAUAUGAGGUAACAGUAUAGAAUGUCACCUUUUAUUUCAGGGUACUUUCAUACAGUACAUAUCUGUUUUACCGUUUAGAAAUGAAUGCAAUUUGUAUCUAGUCCCCCCAUUUUAAGAUGUCAUAAGUAUUUGGACAAAUUCACUUAUAGUCUACUAUAUUUAGUCAAAAGUUUAGUAUUUGGUCCCAUAUUUAAAAAGAUAUUGGACCAAAUACUAAACUUUUGACUAAAUAUAGUAGACUAUACGUUUCUAGCACACAAGCCUGUGACUCUACAAACUUGUUGGAUGUAUUUGCAGUUUGUUUUGGUUGUGUUUUUGUAUUAUGUUGUGCCCAAUAGAAAUGAAUGGUACAUAAUGUAUUGUGUCAUUUUGAAGUCACUUUUAUUGUAAAUAAGAAAAUAAUAUGUUUCUGAACACUUCUGCAUUAAUGUGAAUGCUACCAUGAUUCCGGAUAGUCAUGAAUGAAUCGUGAAUAAUGAUGAGUGAGAAAGUUACAGACGCACAAAGAUCAUGCCCCCAAAACAUGCUAAUCUCUCACCAUUACUAAUAACAGGGGAGGUUAGUAGGUAGGCUUGUGGGUAGGAGCGUUGGGCCGGUAACCGAAAGGUUGCUGAAUCAAAUCCCAGAGCUUCCAAGGUAAAAAUAUGUUGUCCUGCCCCUGAGCAAGGCAGUUAACCCACUGUUCCCUGGGCGCUGAAGACAUGAUAAGGCAGCCCUCUCUGAUUGAGUUAAAUGUGUAUUCCCCCUUCAAUUUUGGGGGGGGGGGGGGGGGGGGUAUGAUAUUUAUGCCUCUGUAACCUAACGUAGCAGGCGUAAAAUAAAUGCCUGAGCAGCGUUUUUUUAUUCUGGUCCUGACAAGAGAAAACUGUCGGGGGAGGUUCUCUUCUGCACUGUUCAACCAAUCCAGUAAAUGUGGAGGAGGAGUUAAGAUGGAGUGUCGCCUUAUUAAUGCAGAAAUACUGGUAAACGUCCAAAAGCAAAAGUCCGUCACAGGCUCUCUUCCAUUUCCCCUGAAAACCAGAUGCAUCCAGUUGUGGCCGACUCCGCUGAAGGUGAUGCCUCUGUAACGUUGUUAAGAUAAUUUAUUAACUAACUAUUUCAGUGUCUCUGUGCGCCUCCCAAAAGGUUGUAAGGCUUUUAGAUCAAGAAACGGACAGAGAUCCCAGUCUGCAAUAGCCAGGUGGUCUUUAUUCAGAGAACUCUGCCUGGAGAAUUCUGUUAUCACAAUUUCAGAGUCCAUCUUUUAUACACACAUGUCAUACAAAAAUCCCACCCCGCUUUAGGUGGGCUGUAUUUUUCCACUGGAAAACUGCUCUCCUGACCAUCAGGUCACACACACACACAUACAUACACACACACAUACAAACACACACACACACACACACACACACAUGUUCUUAUCAUAGUCUACUCCUUGCUCGGGCAGGCUGCAUUCCUUAGUUAUCGCCGUCCUCUCAAUAUCCUGCAACAUAUUUCAUACUCUCUUCCAAGCCUAACGGUUUCUCUCCUCCCUAAAUUGGGAGGCCUCUUUAUCUUGGUUUCUCAGUUGUCUGUAGACAGUUCUCCUUGUCCUUUGUUGUCUGGUCUAACUCCUACUCGCAUUGCUAAAUAGUAACACAAUGUCAUAAUCUUUACUGGUCCUACACUCACACAUUCUAACACAUUUCACACAGUUUCAGCGUGUAAUAAUUAGUCAUUAAUAAUUAGUUUAACUGAGGGUGUGACAUUUUAGUCAUAUCUUACUCACACAUUUCUUUAUCAAACGUUCUCACUCAUCAUUAUUCACGAUUCAUUCAUGAUUAUACGUAAUCAUGGUAGCAUCCACAUUAAUGUAGAAGUAUUCCGAAACAUAUUCUUAUCUACAAUAAAACUUACUCCAAAAUGGCACAAUACAUUAUUCAUCAUUCAUUUCUAUUGGGCACAAAAUAAUCUGAAACCCAACCAAAACAAACUGCAAAUGCAUCCAACAACUUUGUAGAGUCACAAGCUUGAUGUAGUCAUUGCGUGCUAGGAAUAUGGGACCAAAUACUAAACUUUUGACUAAAUGUCAUAGAUAUAUAAAGUGCUUUCAUUUCUAAAUGGUAAAACAGAUACAGUGCCUUCGGAAAGUAUUCAGACCCCUUACAGCCUUAUUCGAAAAUGUAUCAAAUUGUUUUUUCCCCUCAUGAAUCUACACACAAUACUCCAUAAUGACAAAACUUUUUUUGUGUGUGCUGAUUUAUAAAAAAUACAAAACUGAAAUAUAACAUUUACAUAAGUAUUCAGACCCUUUACUCAGUACUUUGUUGAAGCACCUUUGGCAGCGGUUACGGCAUCGUCUUCUUGGGUAUGACACUAUAAGCUUGGAAUACCUGUAUUUGGGGAGUUUCUCCCAUUCUUCUAUGCAGAUCCUCUCAAGCUCUGUCAGGUUGGAUGGGGAGCGUUUCUGCACAGCUAUUUUCAGGUCUCUCUAGAGAUGUUCGAUCGGGUUCAAGUCCCGAAGCCACUCCUGCGUUGUCUUGGCUGUGUGCUUAGGGUUGUUGUCCUGUUGGAAGGUGAACCUUCGCCCCAGUCUGAGGUCCUGAGCACUCUGGAGCAGGUUUUCAUCAAGGAUCUCUCUGUACUUUGCUUCGUUCAUCUUUCCCUCGAUCCUGACUAGACUCCCAGUCCCUGCCGCUGAAAAACAUCCCCACAGCAUGAUGCGUCCAGACGUGACGCUUGGAAUUCAGGCCAAAGAGUUCAAUCUUGGUUUCAUCAGACCAGAGAAUCUUGUUUCUCAUGGUCUGAGAGUCUUUAGGUGCAUUUUGGCAAACUCCAAGCGGGCUGUCAUGUGCCUUUUACUGAGGACUGGCUUCUGUCUGGCCACUCUACCAUAAAGGCCUGAUUGGUGGAGUGCUGCAGAGAUGGUUGUUCUUCUGGAAGGUUCUCCCAUCUCCACAGAGGAACUUUAGAGAUCUGUCAGUGAGCAUCUGGUUCUUGGUCACCUCCCUGACCAAGGCCCUUCUCCCCCGAUUGCUCAGUUUGGCCGGGCGGCCAGCUCUAGGAAGAGUCUUGGUGGUUCCAAACUUCUUCCAUUGAAGAAUGAUGGAGGCCACUGUGUUCUUGGGGACCUUCAAUGCUGCAGACAUUUUUUGGUACCCUUCCCCAGAUCUGUGCCUCGACACAAUGCUGUCUCGGAGCUCUACGGACAAUUCCUUCAACCUCAUGGCUUGGGUUUUGCUCUGACAUGCACUGUCAACUGUGGGACCUUAUGUGUGCCUUUCCAAAUCAUAUCCAAUCAAUUGAAUUUACCACAGGUGGACUCCAAUCAAGUUGUAGAAACAUUUCAAGGAUGAUCAAUGGAAACAGGAUGCACCUGAGUUCAAUUUUGAGUCUCAUAGCAAAGUGUCUGAAUACUUAUGUAAAUAAGGUAUUUCUGUUUUUACAAACAUUUAUAAAAACCAGUUUUUGCUUUGUCAUUGUGGGGUAUUGUGUGUAGAUUGCUGAGAUUUUUUAUUUAUUUAAUCAAUUUUUGAAUAAGGCUGUAACGUAACAAAAUGUGGGAAUAGUCAAGGGGUCUGAAUACUAGCCUCAAAUAAAAGGUGACAUUCUGUACAUUAGCCUCAUAUAAAACAUUUCAAAUCAAAUCCAAUUGUAUUGGUCACAUACAAAUUUUUUAGCAGAUGUGAUUGCAAUUGUAGCGAAAUGAUUGUGUUCCUAGCUCCAACAGUGCAGUAGUAUCUAACAAUUCACAACAAUACACGCAAUCUAAAUGUAAAAUAAUAGAAUUAAGAAGUAUAUAAAUAUUAGGAGUGACAUUGACUAAAGUACAGUAGAAUAGAGUACAGUAUAUACAUAUGAGAUGAGUAAAGCAGUAUGUAAACAUUAUUAAAGUGACUAGUGUUCCAUUAUUAAAGUGGCCAGUGAUUCCAUGUCUGUACAGUGGGGAGAACAAGUAUUUGAUACACUACCGAUUUUGCAGGUUUUCCUACUUACAAAGCAUGUAGAGGUCUGUAAUUUUUAUCAUAGGUACACUUCAACUGUGAGAGACGGAAUCUAAAACAAAAUCCAGAAAAUCACAUUGUAUGAUUUUUAAGUAAUUAAUUUGCAUUUUAUUGCAUGACAUAAGUAUUUGAUCACCUACCAACCAGUAAGAAUUCUGGCUCUCACAGACCUGUUCGUUUUUCUUUAAGAAGCCCUCCUGUUCUCCACUCAUUACCUGUAUUAACUGCACCUGUUUGAACUCGUUACCUGUAUAAAAGACACCUGUCCACACACUCAAUCAAACAGACUCCAACCUCUCCACAAUGGCCAAGACCAGAGAGCUGUGUAAGGACAUCAGGGAUACAAUUGUAGACCUGCACAAGGCUGGGAUGGGCUACAGGACAAUAGGCAAGCAGCUUGGUGAGAAGGCAACAACUGUUGGCACAAUUAUUAGAAAAUGGAAGAAGUUCAAGAUGACGGUCAAUCACCCUCGGUCUGCGGCUCCAUGCAAGAUCUCACCUUGUGGGGCAUCAAUGAUCAUGAGGAAGGUGAGGGAUCAGGCCAGAACUACACAGCAGGACCUGGUCAAUGACCUGAAGAGAGCUGGGACCACAGUCUCAAAGAAAACCAUUAGUAACACACUACGCCGUCAUGGAUUAAAAUCCUGCAGGAUCUGGAGAAGGUUUGUAUGGAAGAGUGGGUCAAAAUCCCUGCUGCAGUGUGUGCAAACCUGGUCAAGACCUACAGGAAACGUAUGAUCUCUGUAAUUGCAAACAAAGGUUUCUGUACCAAAUAUUAAGUUCUGCUUUUCUGAUGUAUCAAAUACUUAUGUCAUGCAAUAAAAUGCAAAUUAAUUACUUAAAAAUCAUACAAUGUGAUUUUCUGGAUUUUUGUUUUAGAUUCCGUCUCUCACAGUUGAAGUGUACCUAUGAUAAAAUUACAGACCUCUACAUGCUUUGUAAGUAGGAAAACCUGCAAAAUCGGCAGUGUAUCAAAUACUUGUUCUCCCCACUGUAUAUAGGGCAGCAGCCUCUAAGGUGCAGGGUUGAGUAACCGGGUGGUAGCCGGCUAGUGAUAGCUAUUUAACAGUGAUGGCCUUGAGAUAGAAGCUGUUUUUCAGUCUCUCGGUCCCAGCUUUGAUGCACCUGUACUGACCUCGCCUUCUGGAUGAUAGCAUGGUGAACAGGCCGUGGCUCAGGUGGUUGAUGUCCUUGAUGAUCUUUUUGGCCUUCCUGUGACAUCGGGUGCUGUAGGUGUCCUGGAGGGCAAGCAGUGUGCCCCCGGUGACGCGUUGGGCAGACCGCACCACCCUCUGGAGAGCCCUGCAGUUGCGGGCGGUGCAGUUGACAUACCAGGCGGUGAUACAGCCCGACAGGAUGCUCUCAAUUGUGCAUCUGUAAAAGUUUGUGAGGGUCUUAGGGGCCAAGCCGAAUACAGAUAGGGAGAGAUUGAAUACGUCCGUAAACACUCCAGCCAGCUGGUCUGCGCAUGCUCCGAGGACGCGGCUAGGGAUGCCGUCUGGACCGGCAGCCUUGCGAGGGUUAACAUGCUUAAAUGUUAUCCUCAAAGCGGGCGAAGAAGGUGUUUAGCUUGUCCGGGAGCAAGACGUCGGUGUCCGUGACGUGGCUGGUGUUCCCUUUGUAAUCCGUGAUUGUCUGUAAACCCUGCCACAUACGUCUUGUGUCUGAGCCGUUGAAUUGUGACUCCACUUUGUCUCUGUACUGACAUUUUGCCUGUUUGAUUGCCUUACGGAGGGAAUAACUACACUGUUUGUAUUCAUCCAUAUUCCCAGUCACCUUGCCAUGGUUAAAUGCGGUGGUUCGCGCUUUCAGUUUUGCUCGAAUGCUGCCAUCUAUCCACAGUUUCUGGUUUGUGUAGGUUUUAAUAGUCACAGUGGGAACAACAUCCCCUAUACACUUCCUGAUUAACUCUGUCACUGUGUCCGUGUAUACGUCAAUGUUAUUCUCAGAGGCUACCCGGAACAUAUCCCAGUCCGCGUGAUCAAAACAAUCUUGAAGCAUGGAUUCCGAUUGGUCAGACCAGCAUUGAAUAUACCUUAGCACGGGUACUUCCUGAUUGAGUUUCUGCCUAUAGGAAGGGAGGAGCAAAAUGGAGUCGUGAUCUGAUUUGCCAAAGGGAGGGCGGGAGAGGGCCUUGUAGGCAUUUCGAAAGGGGGAGUAGCAGUGGUCGGUGUUUUACCAGCGCGUGUACUAUAGUCAAUGUGUUGAUAGAACUUUGGUAGCGUUUUCCUCAAAUUUGCUUUGUUAAAAUCCCCAGCUACAAUAAAUGCAGCCUCAGGAUAUGUGGUUUCCAGUUUGCAUAAAGUCCAGUGUAGUUCCUUGAGGGCUGUCGUGGUAUCGGCUUGAGGGGGAAUAUACACGGCUGUCACUAUAACCGAAAAGAAUUAUCUUGGGAGGUAAUACGGUUGGCAUUUGAUUGUGAGGUAUUCUAGGUCGGGUGAACAAAAGGACUUGAGUUUCUGUAUGUUAUCACUAUCACACCAUGAGUAGUUAAUCAUGAAACAUACACCACUGCCCUUCUUCUUCCCGGAGAAUUCUUUAUUCCUGUCUGCGCAAUGUACUGAGAACCAAGCUGGCUGUAUGGACGGGGACAGUAUAUCCCGAGAGAGCCAUGAUUCGAUGAAACAGAGUAAGUUACAGGAGAUCCUUGCCCUGAGCUCGUCUACUUUAUUGUCCAGAGACUGAACAUUAGCGAGUAAUAUACUCGGAAGCAGUGGAUGGUGUGCAUGCCUCCUGAGUCGGACUAGAAGUCCACUCCGAAUACCUCUUCUUCAAGGCGGAGUCUUGGAGCAGCCUCUGGGAUAAGUUCAAUUGCCCUAGGGGGUACGAACAAAGGAUCCAAUUCGGGAAAGUCGUAUUCCUGGUCAUAAUGCUGGUGAGUUACUGCCGCUCUGAUAUCCAAAAGUUAUUUCCGGCUGUAUGUAAUAACACAAAAAACGUUCUGGGCUAAUAAUGUAAGAAAUAACACACAAAAAAAUGAUAUACUGCAAAGUUGCUUAGGAGCUAGAAGCAGAGCUUCCAUGUCUGCCGGCGCCAUCUUACUACUUUAUCUCAAAUCCCAAAUGCUGGUGUAUAUAGCGAUAUUAAAAGGUUUAGCAUCACUGUCCAAAUAAAUAAAUAAAUAAUUAUUACAUAUACCCAAAUAAAAAUAAAAAUUUAAAUAAAUGACAAAGAAAUUGUGGUACACAUGGUCUUGUGUAUUGUUUUUGUAUUGUAAAGGAAUUAAUUGUUGUUCCAGGUCAUGUGUGUGAUGGGCAGGAUUCCUCAGAGUCAGAUCUGGCAAACAGAGCCUGAGUCAGUGGUAAGGAUUGAAUGCAACCCAAAACAUUGGAUAUUUUAUGUCACAUACAAACCUCAGUUAAAUCUAAAUGUAAAGUAUCUAAAGGACAUUAGUGAAUGUAGACCUACCUAAGUGCCCCUAUAACUCUAACUCUAACUAACUGAUGAACCCUCUCUCUCUCUCUCUCUCUCUCUCUCCUCUCUCGCUCUCUCUCUCUCUCUCUCUCUCUCUCUCUCUCUCUCUCUCUCUCUCUCUCUCUCUCUGUCUCUCUCUCUCUCUCUCUCACUCACUCACUCACUCACUCACUCACUCACUCACUCACUCACUCACUCACUCACUCACUCACUCACUCACUCACUCACUCACUCACUCACUCACUCACUCACUCACUCUCUGUCUCUCUCUCACACAGGAAGUCCCAGCACUCCCAUUCGUUACCACCUUCUGGGAGCGGAACCUUCCGUCGGUGGGUGGGUUCAUCAACUUCCUGGGCAUAGCCUCUGUCCUGUCUGUUGCCACGGCAGCAGGACUUUUGGCCUAUAAGAAGGGGCUUCUCACCCGGAGCUAAACCUAAACCCCUCCCAACUCCCUCAUCCUUCUCUCCUGCAUCUCUACAGAGCAAUUCUCCAAUGGCACCCUAUUCCCUUUACAGUGCACUUAUUUUGACCAGAGCUAGAGUAGUGCACUACUUUUGACCACAUAUGGCUCUGGUCUAAAGUAAUGCACUAUAUAGGGAACAGGGUGUGUGUCAUAGGCCUUGGUAAAGACUGUUCAACUCUGUCAUUCGCUACUGUACCAUCGCCCCCAUCCAUUGUUCUAAAACGAGUGUAAACAGUCUCCCAACAGACCAUCUCUCAAGACCAACUCACGCUAAUGUUGUCUGUUCUGCUAAGAUUUGUGUCUUUGACACCUUAGAAUUGUGGCCCUGUGUAGCUCAGUUGGUAGAGCAUGGCGCUUGCAACGCCAGGGUUGUGGGUUUGUUUCCCACGGGGGGCCAGUAUGAAAAAAAAAUAUUGAUGGAAGAUAUGAGUGGAUAGAGUGAGAGGAAGAGAGAGGGGGAGAGAGCGAGCGAGAGAGAGAUAGAGCAAAAUAAACCAAAAUAAGUCUGAGAUUCAGACUCUCAAACCAAUGAAGGAUGACAACUAAAUCAGAGUUAUUGAAAAAGAAAACAGUAGCUUUCCCAAUGACCGUUAUCUUUCCAGAAAUUGCCAAUAAAUUCAUAAAUCUGCAUUGACUGUUUGAGAAUAGUCAAAACUAAUUUCUCUGUGUGUGUGUGUUAAUUACCGCUGCUGAUUUUAGGUGCUGACUGAUCUGAUCUCUGAUGGCAUAGAAGCUGUAACCAGCUCUAAGAUGACAUUUAGUAACGUUAUAAUAACAGUUUAGUAACCUCAUAAUAGUGUCCGAAUACCUGUGUUAUUAAUGUAACCAGAAUCCUGCAUCUAGAGAUGUUGUGUCUCCACCAAGCUGCUCUUAAUAGUCAUGGUAUGCCUUGUAUAGAGAAUGGAAGUAUUUGAAUGUAUUUCCUCCACAUUACAUGAUUUCUGUCAUUGUUGUUUCCAUUCUUAUCUCUUAUGAGUAUAUUUGAAAUAUCAUGCAUUUCAUUUUAUAUUUGCCAUAGUUUACAAUGAGGCUCGAUCCUCGAUGAUAAUCAUAAACUGUAUGUUGAAGAUGCCCAUUAUACUUUGAAGUCAUUUUAGAGACUAUCCUUUUAUUGUCUGGGUCUUAACCAUUUUUAAGAAUACCGAACUAAACAAAAUACUAAGAAUAUUACUACAGUACUACAAAAAUAUGAUAUCUGGCCUCCCGAGUGGCGCAGUGGUCUAAGGCACUGCAUCGCAGUGCUUGAGGCGUCACUACAGACCCGGGUUCGAUCCUAGCGUCGUCUGGGUUAGGGGAGGGUUUGGUUGGCCGGGAUGUGCUUGUCACAUCGCGCUCUAGCGACUCCUGUGGUGGGCCGGGCGCAUGCACACUGACACGGUCCGCAGUUGUAUGGUGCGAUUGUAUGGUGUAGGGUGGGUUAAGCAAGCAGUGCGGCUUGGCAGGGUUGUGUUUCGGCAGACGCAUGGCUCUUGACCUUCGCCUCUACUGAGUCCGUACGGGAGUUGCAGCUAUGGGACAAGACUGUAACUACCAAUUAGGGAGAAAAAGGGGUAAAAAGCCAAAACAAAUAAUAAAAUGAUAUCAAAGGGUAGAGCUCCAUCCAUUAUUUCACACAGCCUAACCCUGUGUGUUUGUGCGUGAGUACACUUCUUGUGUGUCUGUCCCUGCAUGCAUUCUUGUGUGUGUAAUUAUGGAAAUACCUUAUUUGUAACCAUUCUAUUUUAAUGCUCUCGUUGCUACAUGUUGAGAUGCUGUAUUAGAUUUAUCACAGAAAUAUGUAUGGAGCUGGCUAACCAUUAGCCAGUUAAAUAAACACUGCCAAUAUUUAACCUUAUGGUAUUGGUUCUCCCAUGUAUGUCUGCUGAGGCCAGAGCAUUGAGUUUCCUUCUAGCUAUAGCAAAUUUGACCAUGAUACUGAAUAAAUACAGUUUCACAGUAUUUUCAGCAGAUAUAGAGCUUUUCAUCCCCCAAAAAAUAUGUAUUGAAAAGAUUUCUAUCCAAUAAGAUAUAUCCCUCUAUUGAGUUAGUUCGUUUUUACAAAACAACAGUGGAAGACAAAGAUACUGCUCCUCAGAAAAUGAGUGAAUUAAAAGAUAAAGAAAUAGAUCUGUAGAUCAACCAAAUUAUUACUCUAAGUAGAUAAGAGUAUGAACCUGUAAACCCAUCUGUUCUGAAGCGUACUGUACAUUCGUACAUUGAGUGGUGGAUUAACGUGGUGUCGUCCCGAAGACGUGUGCGUACGUCGUGAGUGUAGUCUGUCGUGCCUUAUUACAAGUCGUGGUGGUGUUUUGUCAUUUCUCAAGUGCCUGUGUGACUAUGACACUCUUUUCCCGUCUCCUCCUCCCACUGUCCCCCCUGUCUUGUUUGUAUGCAAGUUAAUUUGGCAUUAACUAGAGCUGCAACCUCAUUGGCCAUUCUUGGAUUGAGUGUCACCCUCCUAACAAUCAAGCUAACUUGAUGCUACAUGAUGCUACAGUUAGCUUUCUACCACCAUGUGUGUAUGUGUGAGUCUUAAAAUGGCUGACUGUGAACUGUGUAAAUCCGCCCAUCCGUCUCCAGUGAAGCUAUUUAGGUGUUCUGUAAUGUUGUUAUUGAUGUACUCCUCUGAUAAGCUAUCUAUCCCUUGUCUUAGCUUAGCUUACAUCCUGUCUUGGCACUAAACUUUAACCGCUACCCCCAGGCCCCAAGCAUUUCAUCUUUUUGCACCUGAUUCGCCUCAAUGUAACUUGGAGGGAUUGGAUAAUGAUCUCAAAAUUCUCAAAGAAGUAUAGUUGAAGUAUAGUCUGUAUAUAAUCUACAUUAUAAAAUGGGUGGUUCGAGCCCUGAAUGCUGAUUGGCUGAAAGCCCUGAUAUAUGAGACCGUAUACCACGGGUAUGUUACUGUUCUAAUUACAUUUGUAACCAGUUUAUAAUAGCAAUAAGGCACUUCGGGGGUUUGUGGUAUAUGGCCAAUAUACCACGGCUAAGGACUGUAUCCAGGCACUCCACGUCACGUCGUGCAUAAGAACAGCCCUUAGCCGUGGUAUAUUGGCCAUAUACCACACCCCCUCUGGCCUUAUUGCUAAAGUAUAUAAUGGUUCUGACUGAAAACUAGUGAAUGGAACUACAGGAACAACUGGAACCUUUAGAACUACAGCUCCCAGCUGCUCCCCUGAUUCCCUGUAUGACAUCAUCAGUGUCCUAUAGAUGCAGUAAAGAGGUCCACGGAACGCAGACCGUGGGGGAUAGAAGAAGUAUGCCGGAUUGGCAUACAUUCAACAAUCUGAUCUAACAAAAUGGAAAUUCGUCAAAUCUGUCAUCUGUCAUGUGGUUACUAAACUCAGAUUUGUAUAUAUUUGGCUGUUUUUGCUGCAUAAAAUUUAGAAGUUGUUUUCAGGUUUAGAAGAAGUUACUGCUAACCAAACUCCCGUUCGUAUAAGCUGGUAGCAUAGCUAGCAUACAGAAAUCGGUGGUGCUAGUCAAAUUCGUUUUUAACUGCAAUGCAGUUCGUUAGUGACGAUGACAUGAACAUGUAUUGGGGUUGACAUCCAUACAAGCAUUAUACUAAACAUACAGUAGUGUGAAAUACACAUAUAAACAAUAGCCUAAAUGUAGCCUAAUUUUGCUGGGGGGCAAUGAGGAGAUUCAGGAUCUUUCCCCCACACAUUUCCAUGGAGUUCCAUUGACCUCUUUAUCACAUCUAUUCCUCUCCAUGUCUGGUUCUAGCCCUGAGAUUGUUCUAUUCUAUUCUAUCCCUCUCCCACUGGCUGGUUGUAUGAACUGUCCAACUUUCUAGUCGUGUAAUUGCAUUCUUUGAUGUCUUUCUCUACAAAGCUGGUGAUAAAAAAUGUGAAAUGUACCUCCUACUGGUCUCUCUGAGUUAUUUAUCUCUUGUGUGCGUGUAAGACUGCAGGGCAGGAUUGUGAACUAGCCAGAUCAACGCAUGCGAGUGAGUGAAUGAGUGAGAUACAGUGCAUUCGGAAAGUAUUCAGACACCUUGACUUUUUCCACAUUUUGCUACAUUACAACCUUAUUCUAAAAUUGAUUCAAUCGUUUUUUCCCCUCAUCAAUCUACACACAAUACCCCAUAAUGACAAAGCAUAAACAGGUUUUAGAAAUUCUUCAAAAUGUAUUAAAUAUAAAAAACGGAAAUAUCACAUUUACAUAAGUAUUCAGACCCUUUAAUCAGUACUUUGUUGAAGCACCUUUGGCAGCGAUUACAGCCUUGAUUCUUCUUGGGUAUGACGCUACAAGUAUGGCACACCUGUAUUUGGGGAGUUUCUCCCAUUCUUCUCUGCAUAUCCUCUCAAGCUCUGUCAGGUUGGAUGGGGAGCGUCGCUGCACAGCUAUUUUCAGGUCUCUCCAGAGAUGUUAGAUCGGGUUCAAGUCCGGGCUCUGGGUGGACCACUCAAGGACAUUCAGAGACUUGUCCCGAAGCCACUCCUGCGUUAUCUUGGCUGUGUGCUUAGGGUCGUUGUCCUGUUGGAAGGUGAAGCUUCGUCCAUGUCUGAGGUCCUGAGCGCUCUGGAGCAGGUUUUCAUCAAGGAUCUCACUGUACUUUGCUCCGUUCAUCUUUCCCUCGAUCCUGAGUAGUCGCCCAGUCCCUGCUGCUGAAAAACAUCCCCACAGCAUGAUGCUGCCCCCACCAUGCUUCACCGUAGGGAUGGCGCCAGGUUUCCUCUAGACGUGAUGCUUGGCAUUCAAGCUUGGUUUCAUCAGACCAGAGAAUCUUGUUUCUCAUGGUCUGAGUCCUUUAGAUGCCUUUUGGCAAACUCCAAGAGGACUGUCAUAUGCCUUUUACUGAGGAGUGGCUUCAGUCUUGCCACUCUACCAUAAAGGCCUGAUUGGUGGAGUGCUGCAGUCACGCCCUGACUUUGAGAACCCUGUUAUUCUCUAGUUAGUUUGGUCAGGGUGUGAAUGGUGACAUAUCUAUGUUAUAUAUUUCUAUGUUGGCCGGGUGUGGCUCCCAAUCAGAGGCAGCUGUCGAUCGUUGUCUCUGAUUGGGGAUCAUACUUAGGCAGCCAUUUUGCCUACCUUCAGGUGUGGGAUCUUUUUUCUGUUUCUGUUUGGCUUGUUGGAUGUUUAGCCUCUUGAACUUCACGUUCUGUUGGAUUUUGUUAUUUUGUCAGUGUUUAUAAUAAUAAACGACUAUGUAUGCAUACCACGCUGCACCUUGGUCCGAUCCUUUACUCAACGAACGUGACAGAAGAUCCCACCACCAACGGACCAAGCAGCAUGGCCAGGAGGAGCAGACACCCUGGACACAGGUGGGGAAGACAUUUUGGACAUGGGAGGAGAUAUUAGCCGGUAAAGGACCCUGGGCGAAGGAAGAAGCCCAGGCAGGAGAGAAUCAACGGCGACGCAGACGGUGCCGACCGCGAAGGAAGCAUGAGAGGCAGCCCCAAUAAAAAUGUUUGGGGGGGCACAAGGAGCAGAAGGAGGCCCUGAAAGGGCUGACUGUGGAGGAAGAGGAGGCCGCUAUUAUAGAGGCCCUCCAAGACAUACAGCUCAGCACUCUGAGAGAGGAGAUAACUACUUACGGGGGCUGUUAGCUAAGAGAGAGCAGGAGAGCUCCCUUCAGAGGGAGGCGCUGCAGGAGGCCCACAAGGAGAAGGAGUCAGUGGAUGCACGGAGAGAGGAGCUGGCCAGACAACAGGAGGAGCUGAGAGAGGAGUUAACCCUACGCCAGUGCGCCUUCACAGACCGGAACGGCCCGUGCCUGCUCCUCGCACCAAACCAGUGGUGCGUGUAUCCAGUCCUGUACGGCCCGUACCUGCUCCUUGCACCAAACCAGUGGUGCGUGUCGCCAGCCCGGUACACCCCGUACCUGCUCCUCGCACCAAACCAGUGGUGCGUGUCUCCAGUCCUGUACGGCCCGUCCCUCCCUCCACUCGCGCUAAACCAGAGGUGCGUGUUGCCAGCCCGGUGCGCCCCGUACCUGCUCCUCGCACCAAACCAGUGGUGCGUGUCUCCAGUCCUGAACGGCCCGUACCUGCUCCUCGCACCAAACCAGUGGUGCGUGUUGCCAGCCCGGUACGCCCCGUACCUGCUCCUCGCUCCAAACCAGUGGUGCGUGUCCCCAGCCCGGUAAGGCCCGUGCCUGCUCCUCGCACCAGACAAAUGGUGCGUGUCCCCAGCCCAGUGCGCCCCGUGCCUGCUCCUCGCACCAGACCAGUGGUGCGUGUCCCCAGCCCGGAUCGGCCCGUUCCAGUGCCUGAGCAGUCCGCUCCACCGGUGCCCAGUCCAGCUCUGGUCAGCUGCUCCACUCCAGUGCCAGAGCAGUCCGCUCCACCGGUGCCUAGUCCAGCUCCGGUCAGCUGCUCCAGUCCAGUGCCAGAGCAGUCCGCUCCACCAGGGUCCAGUUCAGCUCCGGUCAGCGGCUCCAGUCCAGUGCCAGAGCAGUCCGCUCCACCGGGGUCCGAGCCGGAACCAGACGUCAACCCCUCUCCAGGAUUGGGGCCUCCCACACCAGGGUCCAGACAGGAUGGUGCAUCACGGGAGGACUGCCGAGCCGGAACCAGACGUCAACGCCUCUCCAGGGUCGAGGGCUCCCACACCAGGGUCCAGACAGGGCUUGGUGCAUCAUGGGAGGGGAAGCAUCGCGCCGGGGUCCAGACCAGACCAGGUGUGCUACGGGAGGCAGGAAAGGAGAGGAGUUUACGGCGUCCGAAGCCGGAGCCGCCACCGAGGCUAGAUGCCCACCCGGACCCUCCCCUAAUAAGUCAGGUUUUUUUUUGGGGGGGGGGGGGGGGGGUACUGUCACGCCCUGACCUUGAGAACCCUGUUAUUCUCUAGUUAGUUUGGUCAGGGUGUAAAUGUUGACAUAUCUAUGUUAUAUAUUUCUAUGUUGGCCGGGUGUGGUUCCCAAUCAGAGGCAGCUGUCGAUCGUUGUCUCUGAUUGGGGAUCAUUCUUAGGCAGCCAUUUUGCCUACCUUUAGGUGUGGGAUCUUGUUUCUGUUUGGCUUGUUGGAUGUUUAGCCUCUUGAACUUCACAUUCUGUUGGAUUUUGUUAUUUUGUCUGUGUUUAUAAUAAUAAACGACCAUGUAUGCAUACCACGCUGCACCUUAAAGGUCAGAUCCUUUACUCAACGAAUGUGACAGCUGCAGAGAUGGUUGUCCUUCUGGAAGGUUCUUCCCAUCUCCACAGAAGAACUCUGGAGCGCUGUUAGAGUGACAAUUGGGUUCUUGGUCACCUCCCUGACCAAGGCCCUUCUUCCACGAUUGCUUAGUUUGGCCGUGCGGCCAGCUCUAGGAAGAGUCUUGGUGGUUCCAAACUUCUUCCAUUUAAGAAUGAUGGAGGCCACUGUGAUCUUGGGGACCUUCAAUGCUACAGAAAUGUUUUAGUACCCUUCCCCAGAUAUGUGCGUCGACACAAUCCUGUCUCGGAGCUCUACGGACAAUUUCUUCGACCUCAUGGCUUGGUUUUUGCUCUGACAUGCAGUGUCAACUGUGGGACCUUAUAUAGACAGGUGUGUGCCUUUCCAAAUCAUGUCCAAUCAAUUGGAUUUCCCACAGGUGGACUCCAAUCAAGUUGUAGAAACAUCUCAAGGAUGAUCAAUGGAAGCAGGAUGCACUUAGCUCAAUUUCGAGUCUCAUAGCAAAGGGUCUGAAUACUUAUGUAAAUAAGGUAUUUCUGUUUUUUAUUUGUAAUAGAUUUGCUAAAAUUUAUAAAAACCUGUUUUCGCUUCGUCAUUAUGGGGUAUUAUGUGUAGAUUGAUGGGGAAAAUAUAUAAUUUAAUCAAUUUUAGAAUAAGGCUGUAACGUAACAAAAUGUGGAAAAAGAGAAGGGGUCUGAAUACUUUCCGAAUGCACUGUAUAUAAGCUAGUAACCUUGGACUGUAGUCUGUGGUCUCCAGAUGUUGACCCUAUAGACCUGUUUCUACCUUGAGCUAACAUGCUUCCUUUGUCCUGAUCUUGUCCACUUUCUGAUUGUGCCCACAUGUUUAGACAGGUGUAGACGAUUAAAAGACGCAUUGUGAUCUGAUUUUGAUCAGAUCUUCCUGACCACCUCUGGAGGUAGUUAGGGACCCGUUGUAUUUGGAUAUUAAUGAAGUGUAAACAGAUCUGGACAGUCAAACUCUUUAAAUCAUUAUACUGGCCUUUAAAAUCAUUGACAGGUAGCACAAUUGACUGAUGGCAUCAAUAAUUGUCUUAAAAAAUACAUUUUGAAAGAACAAUUGUCAAAUAAUUUGGGCAGCAGGAAAUUUGUUCACAAUGCGGACACAGUGGACGGAAAAGAGACACAUUUUAAUACCAUGUGUAGAUGCGACAAACCUUGACCAGAUAGUGAUUGGAUCAUAUUGAUCAGAUCAUGAAAGCCACAUGUUAAUGCAAGGUGUAAACAAGGCCUUAGUCUGAGUCCAGUGUUAAGUGUCUGUCUGGCAGGCUGGCUGGGAUCUAAUGGUUGGGCAAGGUCAAGCGUACACAACAGGCUACAGUACAUCUAGCUUCCACACAGAGGCAGUAGCCAGUCACAAAUGAAGCUCUAUCCCAGGGGAGAACGACCACCUCCUCUCAUUGACCAUGUUUGCAUGUGCACAGUAUUCCGGAUAGUAGCUCAUAUCCGCUUAAGGUCUUAUUCGGGAUAAGCUGUUUACAUGCACCUUUGAUAUCCCGCUCACGAGUAUCUCUGUAUCCAUGUAUAAACAGAAUAUUGCUAAUUUAAGUUCAUAUGGGUUAAAUGGAAUAGUAACUGAAAUAUGGACACUGACUGUAGGCCUAUAACCUCUCACAUGUAGCAUAAUAUAAUAUUAACUCCUGCUGAAUUAUGCAUUUCUUGCAGUAAAAUGAUACAAGAAAUGUUAAUUUUGUCUCGGGAACAGGAGUGGAGAUAUAUUAUUUAUUUAUUUCAGCAUCACUUGAGAAAAUGUGAAUGCACGUGUAAUUACAUUUACAUUUUAGUCAUUUAGCAGACGCUCUUACCCAGAGCAACUUACAGUUAGUGAGUGCAUACAUUUUCAUACUGGCCCCCCGUGGGAAACGAACCCACAACCCUGGCGUUGCAAGCGCCAUGCACUACCAACUGAGCUACAGGGGACUGUAAUAUAUUUGACACUGUCAUGCAAGCAGACAGUAUUUCAACCACAUAAAAUAUGCGCCCAAGACAAACUGACUGUCUUAUCAGCCCAGUCCAAGAUCUUCUCUGUCCUGGCACCCCAAAAGUGGAACCAACUUCCCCCUGAAGCUAGGACAGCAGAGUCCUUGCCCAUCUUCCAAAAACAUCUGAAACCCUACCUCUUCAAAGAGUCCUUGCCCACACACACACACACACACACACACACACACCAUCUUCUCAAAUAAAUAAAUACAUAAAUAAAUCCUUUCCUGAUCUAAUACUCACACUUGACUUUUUUUCUUACUAGCUCAGAUUUUGCUGAUAGCUACUUUAUUGAAGAAAAGUUUACUUACUAUGACUGUGAUAUAUGGUUGUCCCACCUAGCUAUCUUAUGAGGAAUGCACUGGAUAGAUUACUAAUGCUCUGGAUAGAUUACUAAUGCAUUCAUUCUAUCAAUGUAAGGCAUUAUUCUGGUGAGCACUACUUUAUUUAGUCUUCUAGGGCAACAAGUUAUGACAGAAGAGAAGCUGCAUGUAUCUAACUAUAGUUGACAAACAAAUGGCCUACCAAAUGUCUGAAAUUAUAAACAGAAACUUGGCUAAAUUAGGGUUGAAAGUAGACAGUAUACUAUAUGGUCCAGUACAGAAUCUCAGCAAAAUAAAUUAUUAUGGAAUUAUUAUGGUAGAUCAAAAUGUGCAGGUAGCCUACUUUUUGAAGGGAUUUGUUUGACAAUCAGAUGAAAACAUCAUCACACAACACCCAUGAUAUGUGAAACUUAGCCUGCGCAGACCACGAAAAACAAGAGUAAAUUAGAUAAGAUGUUUACAUGCCACAGUAUCCCAUAAAAGAUAAGCAUAUCCAAAGCAUCUUAUCCAGGUUUCUCAUAACUGGGAUAGAAGCUUUUUCGGGUUAUUGUAAACGGGAUAUGAUGUUUAUAUGCGUCAACUCAAAAACAGAAUACUUGAGUAUCCCAAAUAAUAAGGAGAUAUUGGUGUGCAUGUAAACAUGGUCAUUGAGGAUUUUAAGAUCAAAGCCUACCGGGGUACUGCAGGCAAUGUUUUCAGAAAGCAGAAUCCGUCAUUAUAGUCAAUGGGAGUAUAGCGAUCUUCAUGGUCAAUAUUCGUGGAUAUACAAGUUUUCCAAACACAAUCAUGGGACCAAUACUUGCUUUUAUUUCACCAGAUGUAUGUCCUUGAACCAAUUAUUUUAAAACCGCACACAGAAGAAGUUGGAAGCACAAUGUGCAGCCUGCAGUACCCCGGUCUGCCUUCAACUUGAGAUACUCGAUGAGAGGGGGCAGCACUGAGCUAGUCUACAACGUCACUUCCUAGAGUAGCUCAAACUGAGCAUGCAACGUUUCCAAAAAGUCCUCCAUGAAGCAAGAUGGCGACACGUUAACUGAUCUUCAAAUGCGCCACUGAGACUUCACAUAGGGAACAAUGGUCAUCAAUGACUUUGUCCAUUCUUUUUACAGUCUAUGCUACUGCUGAGCGAUUAACCAAAAUGUAGGUUAUUUUUCGGUUUUAAACAACUAAUUGACAGAGAAGUCGGUUCAAUUAUUUGAAUUCCAUUUCUUUUUUUCUUUUUUUCUUCAAUGUGCAGUUUCUGUAGAGAUAAAUCAGAUCAAGCCUGAACUGUGCGAUGUAGUAGGGAGUCAUAGUUUACAACAGGCCCAUAUUCUACAGUUUAGUGCAGAAAACGUGCUAAUUGACUACAAUGACUAUAAUCGAUUGUGUGCCCGCUUAAACUUUCCAGUCUGUGCGGAGCUGUCACGAUCGUCUUGAAAUGAAGCGGGCCAAGGCGCAGCGUGAGAUGCGUACAUAUUUAUUACUUGUACAAAACAGCGAACAAAACAACCAACGAUACGUGAAGUCCUUCGACACAAAACACAAAUCAAAAGGAACAAGAAACCACAACCACAAAGUGAAAACAGACAGUUUAAAUAUGGCUCCCAAUCAGAGACAACCAGAAAACAGCUGACACUCGUUGCCUCUGAUUGGGAGUCACUUAGGGCAACACAGAAAACAACAACCUAGAAAACCCAACAUAGAAACAACCCACACAGAACGAACACACCCUGGCUCAACAUACAGAGUCCCGGAGCCAGAGCGUGACAGGAGCAAACAUGGAGACUGAGAGAAGAGAGAACACAAGAUCGAGAGGGAUGGAAAGCAGUUGCUUUGCGAGCCUGAAAAUGCAUGAUCUAAGUGAUUGAUAGUUGGCAUUCAGCAGUCAUAAAAGUAUGCCUUAUUUACUUUGAAGAACUACUAAAAUAGUGAUUUUGUCAGACAGCAUAGGCAGCAGCUCUAUAGAGAUGAGAUGACUUGGAAUUAAAUAAAACAAAUAUUUUAUUAAAGUAAUGUGAAUACAUGAUGGUUAAUAAGUGAUAAGCAGUAAUGGGCAGUCACUACUAUCAUGGGACUUAUAUUAAUUGUUUUAUUCUGUGUUAGAGCAUUCAACCCACAUAAUGCAUAGUUCAUUUAAUGUCUAAAACAAUAAUCAAAAUCACGAAAACCGUGAUUAUUUUUUUUAUAAUCAAACCGAAACCGAACCGACCUAAAAAAGUACUAAUCUCUCAGCACUAAUCUAUGCUCUAUCCCUGGGCUGAAAGAUGGCAGAGGGACAUCAUUCAACACACACUUUUUCCAGUUCAUCAUUGAUGUACACUGAGUAUACCAAACAUUAGGAACACCUUCCUAAUAUUGAGUUGCAUGGACGUCGAAUACUGACUUGUAUCAUGGGUGACCUGGCUGGAAAAACCCAGCAGUGUUGCAGUUCUUGAAACAAACCAUUGCAACUGGCACCUACUACCAUACCCCGUUCAAAGGCACUUCAAUCUUUUGUCUUUUCCAUUCAUCCUCUGAAUGGCACACAUACACAAUUCAUGUCUCAAUUGUCUCAAGGCUUAAAAAUGCUUCUUUAACCUGUCUCCUUCCCUUCAUCUACACUGAUUGAAGUGGAUUUAACAGAUGACAUCAAUAAGGGAUCAUAGCUUUCACCUGAAUUCACCUGGUCAGUCCAUGUCAUGGAAAUCGCAUUCUUAAUGUUUUGUACACUCAGUGUAUAUCUCCAGUUCAACAUCCCACUGACAUGUUGAAAAACAAACUACACCUCUUUUAAACCCUUCCUUCUGUCUCUCUUUUAUCCUGUUAUGCACUGGAGAGUUCUGCUUAUCUCUGCGGCUACAGUCUCCAGUUCAGUGUGUGUGUGUGCGUGCAUGCGUAUGCGUGCGCGUGUCUGUCUGUCUGUCUCUCACCCAGAACCUCAGUUCAAAGAGGCAUCAGUGUUCUGCAGAGAUAAGGAGCAGCACAGGAUGACACAUAUCUGUAUAACAACAACACUUUGAAGGUGGCAUGACCAAAAAACUACUGUGUGAAAACCAAACUUCACAUGCUAACCUCUCAGUUAAGAAGGAUUAUAAAGUCAAUGGGUUAUUGAAAGACCCUGAUCUUAAAGAUGGAAUCAGUUGUUAUGGUUUUUGGGUCGUUCCACGAAAUGAGUGCCUUUUGCGUCCCUUUGAUAUACCUCAUGGCAAAUUCAAUAAAUCAGAUUUUUUUAUAUGAAUACAGACUUGCUAAAGUGACAAAAUUCAGCAUUUUGACAUGUCCCUCUGUGCAUCCUCUGUGACUUCUAGGAAGAUUUUAACCCCAAAGUUUUCACCAUCAUUGUAAAGCUCUAGUUAUUUUGUUGCUUUGACAAAGUCAUUUCUGAAGUUUACUAUUUAUUUCAUGUGAUUAGUGAUUCAUUUGAAGAAAAAAAAAACUUUAAAAAAAACUGUCCCUCACUUCAAGGUCAACCCUGUUAUGUAAACUUAACUCUCUCGUUAAUAUGGUGAAACUAUUUCUUGUAAAAAAUGUUUUGAAAACACACAUUCAAAAUCUAAUAGUCAAAUCAUAGGUGAGCUGGUUCUACAAUUUUUUGCAAUUCUCUGGUGUUUUUUGGUGGAAAACUGAGCGGGAACACCUCAACCUUGUUACCCAUAGAUAAAGUGCAUUCUAAAAGUAUUCAGACACCUUCACUUUUUCCACAUUUUGUUACGUUACAGCCUUAUUCUAACAUGGACUAAAUAAAUACAAAUCCCCAUCAAUCUACACACAAUACCCCUUAAUAACAAAGUGAAAACAGGUUUGUUGAAAUUUUAGCAAAUUUUAGCAAAAAAACAGAAAUACCUUAUUUACAUAAAUAUUCAGACCCUUUGAUAUGAGACUCGAAAUUGAGCUCAGGUGCAUCCUGUUUCCAUUGAUCAUCCUUGAGAUGUUUUUUUUUUUUUUUUUUUUUUUUUGGGGGGGGGGAAUGGAUCAGCUUAAUAUUGCAGAUAGAUUGUAUCUUCUAUCAAUGUAAUUGUCUGCAUCACUUCCAAUCCCCCAUGUUUUUUUUUUUUUUUAUAUAUAUACUCCCCUUUAUUACUUUUCAACCCCACCAUCCUUUCCCUACUUGGAGUAAAUUAGUGAACAACAAUGCCCAGGCCUCUACUUCCGGUCUAUACUUACUAUCUACACCUUAUGGACAGAGUUAAUUUUACAAUAAUUCUAUUAUAUAUAUAUAUAUACAUAUAUAUUUUUUUUUUUCUUUUUUUUGCUCCUGAACUUCUUCUACUCUCAACCUCUCCGAUCAUUUUCAUUGUGUCCAUCCGGUUUGCUUCUAUAUGCCAUAUCUUUCUAACUGUGCUCCUUCCCAAAAGCUCCCAACAUACAACCUAUAUACUUAUUAUGGACACAGUAUGCUUACAUUAUUAGCUAUCUUUGUUAUUAUUUGUUGUUAUUUGUUAUUAGUCCCAUCCUUCAACUCUAUUCAAUACCUCCCAUCUAUCUCUUAACACCAUCCAUAUAGGAUUUCUAUUUGCCAUAUAUAUUUCAACCGUACUGUGAUGUUUUACAAAAAUUCUGAACCUUUCUAUUCUCAUUGCUUCUACAGAUUGUGAAUUAAAAAUAAACAUUUUUGCUAAAAGUAUUAUUAUAUUAUUGAUUUUUCCACAAAUUGACAGGUAUUUUCCUUUCCAUGGUAGUAAGAUCUUAUCUAUUUUUGCUAACUUUCUAUUAAAAUUUAUUGAAGUGAGAUCAUUUAUUUCCUUUGGGAUAUGUAUUCCGAGUAUAUCCACAUCACCAUCAGACCAUUUUAUUGGUAAACUACAUGGUAAUGUAAAAGUUGUAUUUUUUAGUGAUCCAAUACGUAAUAUAGUACAUUUGUCAUAAUUUGGUUGUAAUCCAGAGAGGUUAGAACAUGUAUCUAGAUCCUCUAUGAGGCUGUGGAGGGAUUCUAGUUGUGGAUUUAAAAGAAAACAUGAAUCAUCAGCGUACAAUGACACCUUUGAUUUUUAAGCCCUGUAUUUCUAAUCCUCUGAUAUUAUUAUUGGAUCUGAUUUUAAUAGCUAACAUCUCGAUGGCCACAAUAAAUAGAUAUGCCGAUAGUGGACAUCCUUGUUUCACUCCUCUUGAGAGUUUAAAACUUUCUGAGAAAUAGCCAUUAUUUACUAUUUUACACCUAGGGUUACUAUACAUGAUUUUGACCCAUUUUAUAAGAGAUUCUCCAUCCUCAUCCUUGAGAUGUUUCUACAAUUUGAUUGGAGUCCACCUGUGGUAAAUUUAAUUGAUUGGACAUGAUUUGGAAAGGCACACACCGGUCUAUAUAAGGUCCCACAGUUGACAGUACACGUCAGAGCAAAAACCAAGCCAUGAGGUCGAAGGAAUUGUCUGUAGAGCUCUGAGACAGGAUUGUGUCAAGGCACAAGGCAAUGAUUCUGCAGUAUUGAAGGUCCCCAAGAACACAGUGGCUUCCAUCAUUCUUAAAUGGAACCACCAAGACUCUUCCUAGAGCUGGCCGCCCGGCCAAACAGAGCAAUCGGGUGAGAAGGGCCUUGGUCAGGGAGGUGACCAAGAACCUGAUGGUCACUCUAACAGAGCUCCAGAGUUCCUCUGUGGAGAUGGGAGAACCUUCCAGAAGGACAACCAUCUCUGCAGCACUCCACCAAGUGGAGUUUGCCAAAAGGCACCUAAAGGACUCUCAGACCAUGAGAAACAAGAUUCUCUGAUCUGAUGAAACCAAGAUUGAACUCUUUGGCCUGAAUGCCAAGCGUCACGUCUGGAAGAAACCUGGCACCAUCCCUACGGUGAAGCAUGGUGGUGGCAGCAUCAUGCUGUGGGGAGGUUUUUCAGUGGCAGGGACUGGGAGACUAGUCAGGAUCGAGGGAAAGAUGAACUGAGCAAAGUACAAAGAGAUCCUUGAUGAAAACCUGCUCCAGAGCGCUCAGGACCUCAGACUGGGGCAAAGGUUCACCUUCCAACAGGACCACGACCCUGAGCACACAGGCAAGACAACGCAGAAGUGGCUUCGGAACAAGUCUCUGAAUGUCUUUGAGUGGCCCAGCCAGAGCCCGGACUUGAACCCGAUCGAACAUCUCUGGAGAGACCUGAAAAUAGCUGUGCAGUGACGCUCUCAUCCAACCUGACAGAGCUUGAGAGGAUCUGCAGAGAAGAAUGGGAGAAACUCCCCAAAUACAGGUGUGCCAAGCUUGUAGCGUCAUACCCAAGAAGGCUCGAGGCUGUAAUCGCUGCCAAAGUUGCUUCAACAAGUACUGAGUAAAGGCUCUGAAUACUUACGUAAACGUGAUAUUGACGUUUUUAAAUUUUUUAUAAAUUUGCAAAAAUUUCUAAAAACCUGUUUUUGCUUUGUCAUUAUGAGGUAUUGUCUGUAGAUUAAUGAGGGGGGAAAACAAUUGAAUCCAUUUUAGAAUAAGGCUGUAACAUAACCCAAGAAGACUAGAGGCUGUAAUCGCUGCCAAAGUUGCUUCAACAAGUACUGAGUAAAGGCUCUGAAUACUUACGUAAACGUGAUAUUGACGUUUUUAAAUUUUUUAUAAAUUUGCAAAAAUUUCUAAAAACCUGUUUUUGCUUUGUCAUUAUGAGGUAUUGUCUGUAGAUUAAUGAGGGGGGAAAACAAUUGAAUCCAUUUUAGAAUAAGGCUGUAACAUAACCCAAGAAGACUAGAGGCUGUAAUCGCUGCCAAAGUUGCUUCAACAAGUACUGAGUAAAGGCUCUGAAUACUUACGUAAAUGUGAUAUUGAAGUUUUUUAUUUUUAAUACAUUUGCAAAAAUGUCUAAAACCCUUUUUUUUCUUUGUCAUUAUGAGGUAUUGUCUGUAGAUUAAUGAGGGGAGAAAACAAUUGAAUCCAUUUUAGAAUAAGGCUGUAACAUAACAUUUUUUACAUUUACAUUUACAUUUUAGUCAUUUAGCAGACGCUCUUAUCCAGAGCGACUUACAGUUAGUGAAUACAUAUUUUUUUAUACUGGCCCCCCGUGGGAAUCGAACCCACAACCCUGGCGUUGCAAACGCCAUGCUCUAUCAACGGAGCUACAUCCCUGCCGGCCAUUCCCUCCCCUACCCUGGACGACGCUGGGCCAAUUGUGCGCCGCCCAUGAGUCUCCCGGUCGCGGCCGGCUGCGACAGAACCUGGAUUCGAACCAGGAUCUAGUGGCACAGUUAGCACUGCGAUGCAGUGCCUUAGACCACUGCGCCACUCAGGAGUAAUGUGGAAUAACAAACAUUUCCACAAAAUGUGGAAAAGGUCAAGGGGUCUGAAUACUUUCCGAAUGCACUUUAUCUAUGGGUAACAAGGUUGAGGUGUUCCCACUCAGUUUUCCACCAAAAAACACCAGAGAAUUGCAAACAAUUGUAGAACCAGCUCACCUAUGAUUUUACUAUUUGAUGUUGAAUGUGAUUUUUUUGUAACUAUUUAAAUGUUUUAGUGAAGCUUGUAUUAAUUUGCCCCUCCCUGUUGCACACAAUAUUUAAGAUGAAGUCAUCAAGUCUGUUUAGGUCAACCCUGUUACUUUAUUUGGCUCUUAAAAUUACUAUAGUAACCACUUGAGAUGGGAAAAAGUGUUUUUUAUUAAGUUGCACAUGUGCUCUUUAUGACAGAAUAUUAAAAUUAGGUGAAAUCUUGUUCUUUUUUUUUUAUACCAAGUUACAUUACUCAAAAGGCACCUAAUUGGUGGAACAACCCUUUUGUUGCCGAGCUGAGGAGCGUCACGCAGCAUGAAAAAGAAAUGUGCUGUACAUAUUGUGCUCUUCUAUCGCGUGUGCAAGGGACAAAACAGUGUUCGUUGUUUGCAGUAACUUCUUUGUUGUUGUAAUAUCGCAAAUGGAUGUUUCACCAUUAAGGAUUCCAGCUUUAAGAAUAAGAAAGUAUUGUUUUUGUCAGCCAAGGGAAAGUCACUGAUGCUGAACAGAACUCCCAAAUGGGUAUGCACAAGAAACAUUGGUUAUAGGAAAUAAAACCAGUAUUGCAUUAUUCAACAAUAACCCUUUUCACACAAAUUGUCUUUUUACAUACGUCGCCCUUUUCGGCAUGGUUCCAGCAACUAUAGUCGAUACACUGUAAAGGGGUUACGGUGAUUUGACAGUAGCUUACAGACAGCUCGGUGGCAAGUAAAAAUCUGCAUUUCAUAUUACAUUACAUCCACUGUAAUAUAAAUACAGUAUCAAAGCAAGUACUGUGUAAUGACACACAGUACACACAGGUAGGGGUUUGUAUUUUACAGUAUUUUACUGUAAUUACAAGGUAUUGGUGCAAGCAGGUUGGCUGCUAGGUAAAGUGUUUACAAACAUUACAGCAUGUUAAUGAAUAUUUAGUAUUUUAUAUAACUUGCACUUCUAGAGGCCUUAACAAAGGCUUCCAAACUGACAGCAACUACAGGGCAAAACAGACCAACAUUGCUCAAAUUCUACAUUUUAGUCAUUUAGCAGACGCUCUUAUCCAGAGCGACUUACAGUUAGUGAGUGCAUAUAUAAAUUUUUUCAUACUGGCCCCCCGUGGGAAUCGAACCCACAACCCUGGCGUUGCAAACACCAUGCUCUACCAACUGAGCUACACAGGACAACCAUUUAAGGUUGAAGAUUGCUGCCACUCCAAUCUGUUCCCUAUACAUUUUAAAUUGCUGUGGCACUAUAACCACAUAGGAGUUGAAUUGGUACAGCAUUCUCACUCACAGGUACAACAAAUAUAGCCUCUUACAAGGAACACCUCCAAAUAUGUUAAUGAGCCAGAAACAACGAUACCAUGCACCCACUAGUGGUCAAAAGGUUUUUGGAGCUCCAAAAAUACAGUAAGGUACUGUAUUCUGUGGGGUAAAGAAUUUCAGUACCAUUCGAAAUACAGCAAUUCUUUCCCCGUCCACAACAUUUUCCCACAAUGCACCAUAAGUUACAGUAUGCUGCAGUAAAACGUUUCAGAGUAUUUUAUUGUUGAUAAUACAAAAAGUUUAUAUAUUUUUUUACAUUUUUCCAUUAUGGUGUAUGUAACCAGGCCAGCUCAGUACACUUGGUUUGACUGUGCUCAUUCUGGCUCAAAAGUGUGAAAAUACCCUGUAUUUCCUUGUUUUUAGGGGGGUGAUGUUUGGAGGAACAAAAAUCCUAUACUGCUCAGUGUAAUCUAACAAUACCUCUUCAGGGUGUGAAUAAGAGAUCUCAUGGAUGGCUCUUCUCACCCCUGCAGUUCACAGAGACCCAAGGGAAACCCUGUACACUGGCUUCAAACCUGCAGAUGAGAAACCAAUCUAAUGUUCCAGCUCAGAAUGGGGACAUUCAGCAGGAGAUUGGAGGAGAUGUCAGCACCUGA